GCGAAAUCUAUCUCCGUAUCCUCCUCAAUCUUUCUCAGUCGCCGUUAAUUAUCAAUCAUGACCAAGAUCGAUGACCUCCGUCGAUUCAUUCUCCCCUGCAUCUUCCCUUCCACUGCCGCCACCACCAGGUCCACUACCACCAGCAAGAAACGUCUCAGCACCUCCCUCCGUGAUGACCUCCCAGACGAGAACGAACCCGCCUCCCAAGAACCCUUGAAACCUACCGAAGUUCCCGAUUCUCCAAAUUCUACCGUUGCCACCGUAACGGCACAUCCCCGCCCCUCCAAGACCAUGGUCAUCUGCACCAUCUUCGGGACACGGAAGGGCCACGUAUGGUUCUGCGUUCAACACGAUCGUCUCUCCUCCAAACCCACUCUUCUUCUUGAACUUUCAAUCCCUACUCAUCAAUUUGUUCAAGAAAUGCGGUGCGGGCUUGUCCGGGUGGCCCUAGAAUCCGACCGACCCGAAUUCAUUUCACGCCCUCUCCGCUCUGUCCCUGUUUGGACCCUGUCCUAUAACGGAAAAAGGGUCGGGUUUGCAGUGAGGAGGAGGGCAAGCGAGCAGAACCGUCUGAUGUUGAAGACCAUGCAGAGCAUGACGGUCGGUGCGGGUGUUAUACCAGCCGGGUUCGGGUCUUCGGAAACAGAGGAGAUCAUGUACAUGCGGGCAAAUUACGAGCACAUUGUGGGUAGUGCUGAUUCGGAGUCGUUUCACUUGAUUAACCCUGACGAGUGCUCUGGUCAAGAACUCAGCGUGUUCUUGAUGAGGUCCAGGUAAUCUUGUCAUGGUUUCUAUUUGAAUGACCAGAAAAUGGAAGUUUUCUGGGAUUUCUUUUGUGGGGGAGGAUUGAAAACUAUGCGUUUUCCUGUUUUUGGGGAUUCUUUAUCAAGAAUUUUGAGAAAGAGCAGAUAUUGGUAGAGAAAACUUGACGUAUUGUUAUCUCUGAUUUAAAAUUUUUGGGCCACUUUUUGUUUGGAGGAUGGGAUUUUUUUGUUCAUAGUGUUGCUUGGCCGGUAAUUAUGUAAUUUUCUAGGUUGAUCUUUUCUUGUUCCUCUUUCUUCUUUUCACUUCAAAAGGUGUAAAUGAA